AUGGCAUACUCCACUCACUCACUCACAUACGACCAACCCCCUCCCUCCAAGAAACCCAGACUCAUGCCCAACCCUCUGAACUCUCUGCCACCCCCUAUACAGACUGGUCCUCGAUCAGGUGAAGCGCCGUACCCAACAGCUUUGACGAAGAAGCAAAAGCGAGCUGCUCGAGACCAGUUCGUACUGCAAGAUGGACUAUUUGUCCGGAAAGUAAUGGAUCUCGUUCAUUCGAUCGAUACUAGCCGCAUCACCGAACCAGAAGAAGUACCUGUAAAUCUACGAUAUUUCUUUAAUCUACUCAAAAGGGACGAUCCGAAUGACCCUACGAGUGAAAAAAUUUUAAACUCCAAAUGUACCGAGAAUAUCAUCUACCUCAUAACUUGUCUUACCGUCAACCAACUAAAUUUGAAAACACCUAGGAGAGUACUGAGUGUCGAUUAUCAAACCAAUGUCGGCGUAAGAUGUGAUAGACCUGGAUUAGGAUUCCACUAUCAUGUCACUAGGUUGAUAGGGUUGAUCAGGUCAGAAGAACUGAAAGGGAUCUUAUGUUCUUUGAGUAAGAUAGGAAAUGGAUGUCAGGGUAACCAUACAAGUAUAAGUGAAAAUAUACAUACGGAUAACAACAAGUAUAGAGAAGUACUGACCAGAGGUGGAUUCGAAUUUGGUUAUCUGUCCGAUCACAAGAUCAAAGGAUAUAAUAUGAAAUCGAUAGGAUAUAAUAGUAUCGAAGAUAUAGUUCAGAAUGUUGAAUGUCCAAUGACGAAAUUGAAUUAUGGAUAUAUCCGAAUGGUCUUGACUAGAGUGAAAACCCAACUCAUGUCGCUCGAACCGAAAUUGCUGAAUAGAUCUCAAAAUAUCAACCACUUUGCUUUUACGCAAAUGCAGAAACACCUGACCAUCUAUAAAGAAAUCAAUAAUGGAAUUAGCAACACAACGGCCAAACUGAAAUACGGUGGAUUGGCUACGACAAUCAAUAUAGGUUUAAUCGAAAACCUCAUCCCGACCUAUCCACAUAUUGAAGAAAGUCAUAGCGAUAAUCUACCUUCGAUUAUCGUUCAGUUGAAUGGUCCGACCAGUACCAUUAGGUUCCCGCAAUUGCAUCUGGAUGUGGAGAUAAGUACGGGAAAUGUACUGGUGGUACCGUUGGGUAAUCUCAUACAUCAUUAUGUCGUACCUCCUGCUUCCCAAGGUGCUGGAAGGCAAGAUCAGAAAAGGUUGGUGAUGGUAUGUUAUACUAUAAAAUGUAUAGAAGAAGAGUAUGAUCAUAGUAGAAAAGGGAAGAAGUAG